AUGGAUUACUCUUUUGGGGAAAGCACUCCCUUCAGGAGUAAUCGGCGGCACAAUCGAAAUCGCUCUCACCGCGCUCCCGCAGCGAGUGACUGGGUCUAUAACGUUUUCAAGCAGAGAGAGUGUGUUAAAUUUGUUCCCUCACCUUCCGGAGACAUCCAUCGUUGUAGUUGCGGUCGCGCGCAUAAAUAUCAUAUACAGGGAGAUCAAUCUGCUUUUGUGUCGCUCCACUGGAAAUCAGAGGAGCAAGCCGAGUGGAGUGUACGGAUGAAUACGAAAGAAUUCCGAACAAAUGCCGUUGGCACUCUGGAAUUCCAAGGAACAGGAGAAGGAGACAAGGCGCAAUUUAUAAGACUGUCGGAUAGCACUAGCGGAGCGAAUGUUCAUCGUUUGUUAACAAAAGAGUGGCAAAUGGAGCUGCCAAAACUCGUCAUCACUGUUCAUGGCUCUGAAAAGCGGUUGGAUCUGACAGCAGGCCAGCGGCAGCUAUUGAUAUCUGGGUUGAUCAAGGCGACGCGAACGACAGACGCUUGGAUCAUGUCGAUUGGGCUGUCAAGCGAAGGUGGAAUCGGCGAACUUGUAGGUCAAGCGCUGACCGAGCAUCAACUCUACGCUCGUGGUCGAGUUUCGGCCAUUGGAGUAAUGCCAUGGGGAGUAGUAGACAAUCGCGACGAUUUACAAAACGACGAUAAACUCAAGACCGGGGCGGUCCCUUAUCAAACCAUGGCCGACCCGCUUUCUAAGGGAGCAGUUCUCAACGCCGCGCACACUCACUUUCUCAUGGUUGAUAAUGGCUCAGUGGGAAAAUGGAGGACGGAGAUACGCUUUCGCCGAGCGAUCGAAAAAGAGCUUGUGAAGAAACAUAACGUCCCGAUGGUUUGUUUGAUCAUUGAGGGCGACCGGACAACUUUAGAAACAGUAUUGAAGAAAGUGAUGGAAGGAAUUCCAGUCGUAGUAUGUGUUCCCGCACAGAAGAAUGAAUCUAUACGCAACGCUGCUGAUCUGAUUGCGUAUGCGUAUCACUUGUCAGAUAGCAAGGGCGAUAUAUCAAAGGAGAAUCGCGCUCAAAUGGAAGAACUUCUCACUUCGCACAAGAAUGCGGAUCAGUUCAACAGGGGAACGAUUUUGAAUUUGACUAGGAUGAUGUCUUUCAAGCGCCUCAUCAAAAUUUUUUGGAUGGAUUUGCAUGGAACUGACAACGUAGCGACCCGAAACUUGGACUACGCGAUUCUCACAUCGUUAUUUUCAACUAGCGCAGAGAAAAAGAAGACGGACCCCGAUAACUGGCUGAAAAUGGCUAUGUCUUGGGAUCGACCUGACAUAGCGCGAAGUCAUGUCUUCGCAUUUCCGUACGCGAAAAAUUUCCCAGUUGGCUCACUGAGAAAGCGGCUGGAGGAAGCACUUGUUAAUGAUAAAGUGGAAUUUGUGAAGCUUUUCAUGGACCAUGGUGUGUCUAUGCACAAGUUUCUCACAAUAAAGCGUCUAGAGGAUCUUUACAAUGCGGAUAAACCUGAUUACCUUCCACAGCAUUUGAAAUAUUUACUUGACGAUGUUUCGCGAGAGAAGAGAGUGCCAAAGGGCGCAAGAAGAAUUAAUCUCAUUCAAAUCGGUCUGGUCAUUGAAGGGCUUAUGGGCGGAACAUACCGGUCAAACUACACACGAAAGAAGUUCCAUUUAUAUUACAAGCAAACAGAGUCUCAGACUUCUAACAAUGAAAACUUCAAGAACCCUUUUCAUGAGCUUCUCAUCUGGGCAGUGCUUAUGAAGCGACAAGAAAUGGCAAUCUUCAUGUGGCAAAAGGGCGAAGAAGCCAUGGCCAAAGCUCUCAUAGCUAUGAAACUAUACAGACGGAUGGCACAAGAAGCUGACGACGAUGAUCUGAAUCAAGAAGAAAUUGAAACAAUGAGACUAUACUCGGAUCAGUUCAAACAAAAGGCCCUUGACAUUCUUAAACUUGGGUACAAAGACAGCGACAAGAUGUGUUAUCAACUUCUGACAUACGAGUUAAAAUCCUGGUCUCGUCACACUUGCCUUUCUUUAGCAGUUCUCGCGCAGCAUCGCGACCUGAUUGCGCAUCCUUGUGUACAGAACAUCAUCACUGAUUUAUGGAUGGGAGCGCUGGAUAUAAGAAGAAAUUCCAAUAUAAAGGUUCCAAUAUCUCUGGUUACCCUAUGGCCGCUCUUCACAACCAUUCUUCAUCCAUUUCCUUCAUUUCGUAAUGUCAUACAAUUCAUCAAGUUCAAAACGUCCGAGCAGCUGAGAGAAAUCCCAAAGACUCUUCAGGAAUAUCUAGACGAGUGCGAAGAUGAUCAUGGCUUUUCAACCAGACACAAUGAAACCUCGACCACGUCAUCCACUUCGUCCACAUCUAGUUCAGAUGAAGAAAAGCGAUUCGGCUCACGUAACAUCGCUUCAGAAGAAAAAAGCUCUUUGGUGACGAGUGCUGGUGCCAGACGUGACCAAUUUAGCCGAGGGUGUAUUCGAGGAUCAAAUGGUACUCAAUCGACAAAAGACGCAGAUCAAAAGGUUCAUUUUCUUUUGGAGCCGUCGGCUACGCAAGAGCAUCCUCCUGAGCCAAUCUUCACGUCAAAAAUGGUCCUGACGCCAGAAACGCCAGGAUCAAACGAUCUUGGACUCACGCGAAAGAUCUACGAGUACUUCAACGCACCAAUAACGAAAUAUUGGUUCAAUAUUAUUAUGUACGUUGUGUUCAUUCUUUCGAUCAGUUAUACAGUUCUGGUCAGAAUGUGCCCAUGGACUAUUCCUGAUGUUGAAUGGUUUGUGGUAUCUUAUGUUGUCACUUUUGCAAUUGAAAACAUCCGUUCAAUAUCAAUUUCGACUUCGCGUGGAGUUUGGUCAAAAUUUCGGCACUGGCAUUCAAAAUUUUGGAAUUUACUUGAAACCUUCGCAAUAAUCACUUUUCUAUUUGGCUUUGGACUUCGUCUACAAGUGUUUACGGAUAAAGAAACGCUUGGCGGAAAUGAAACAUCCUGUGGAGAAUUCUACGAGCGGGCGGUUAGCAAGAACUCAUCUGAUGAACUUCGCAAAGCAUACGAAGAACUUGCAUAUGGCCGCGUUCUCUGUGUCACAUCAGUUGUUCUUUGGUGGAUUCGCAUUCUCAAAUUCUUAUCAGUUCAUAAAACUAUUGGUCCUUACAUUACCAUGGCUGGAAAGAUGCUCAUUGACAUGAGCUCUUUUAUAACAAUCCUUGCAGUCGUUUUGAUCUCUUUUGGACUUUCAAGACAAUCGAUUAUUCACGACAGAAGUGAAUCGCUAACCUGGCAAACUAUUUGGGGAGUUUUUCACAAGCCAUAUUUUAUGUUGUAUGGCGAGGUUUAUGCCCCCGAAAUCGAUCCUUACUAUGACGAUUCCGGCGAUCUCAUCCCAGGUGUAAACCCAGGUGCUUGGGUUGUUCCUGUUUUCAAUACACUGUAUCUCCUCGUUGCGAAUAUCUUGCUGAUAAAUCUACUCAUCGCUGUAUUCAACAACACUUUCGCACGUGUAAAAGUGGAAUCGCAUCAAAUAUGGGCCUGCCAGCGAUACGAAGUCAUCAUGCAGUACGAGGCGCAUCCAAUUUUCCCACCACCCUUUAUUUUCAUAAGCCAUUUGAAAAUGCUCAUCGACAAGAUAUUUUGCUCAAAAACAAAAGGAAAAUUCGAAGCUGAUCGAGGGCUCAAACUCUUUCUGGCAGAUUUUGAAGAAGAAAAUCUUCAUGAUUGGGAAGAAGAGCUUAUCGAUGACUACGAACGGAUGAAGAGACGUGAGGAUAAUAAGCGAUUCGAGGAACAAGUAAAGACGAACGCGGAGAAGCUUAGAAAAAUUUCAUCGCAUUUGGAUGAUGUUGAAAUAAGAGACAGCCAACUAAGAGUGACUAUAGAAGAACUUUCUGAAGAAGUUGGCAAAGUCCGUGAUCUUGUGCUUGCUUUGUCCAAUAAUCCUGGGAGUGCGGAGCUCUGCGACGUACCUCUGGAAUAUCCAUCAAUAAACCUCACCAAAGAAAAAGAAUCGCAAGCUACGGGAGUCGCAAUAGAAGAGACUCGGAAAUGUCUUGUCAUUUGGAAGAUCUACGGUUCCGCGAAUCAACACUUCGCGAGUCAGAAAGCAUGGAAGAUAUCAUAG